CAUAAAGCAGGCGGUUCCUCUUCCAGCUUCCAGCACGUUGAUGUUUAUAUGUUAGCUUCUUAGCUUAGCUGCUGCACACGUUUCAUCUUCAGUAUCUUAAUUAACAUUUGACUAAAAUCAGAAAUGUCUGUCACCGAGAUGUUCAGUCACAUCCAGGGCUUCCUGAGCGCCGACCAGGACAUCAGAGAGGAUAUCCGUAAGGUGGUCCAGAUGCUGGAGCAGACUGCCAGAGAAAUACUUACGGUUCUCCAAAGCGUGCACCAGCCGUCUGGAUUCAAAGAAAUUCCCAGUAAAUGUGCGAGGGCCCGGGAGUUGUUCUGCACGGUCCGGACCACGAUUGCCGACCUCAAAACCAAGUUUCCUAUGGAGCAGUACUACAGGUUCCAUGAGCACUGGCGGUUUGUCCUGCAGCGUUUGGUCUUCCUGGCGACCUUCGUCGUCUACCUGGAGACGGAGGCUCUUGUGAUCCGGGAGGAAGUGGCUAAGAUCCUCGGCAUUGAGGUGGUGCGAGAGAAAGGCUUCCACCUGGACGUGGAGGACUACCUGGCAGGGGUGCUGAUCAUGGCCAGUGAACUGUCACGGUUGGCGGUAAACAGCGUCACGUCCGGAGACUACACCCGGCCGCUCCGCAUCUCCAACUUCAUCAACGAGCUGGACUCGGGCUUCCGUCUUCUGAACCUGAAGAACGACCCGCUGCGGAAACGCUACGACGGCCUGAAGUACGACGUGAAGAAGAUCGAGGAGGUGGUGUACGACCUGUCCAUCCGGGGGCUCACCAAGGAGGCCGAGACCUCCGGAGGAGACAAGUAGAGAAGCUGAGCCUCACUCCGCCUGCAAGGCACGACCCAGGGAUCUCUAACCUGAGGACUGGCUGUGUGUGUGUGUGCAUGAAAGGUGCUUUAGAUGGAUGGCAGAGGCCUCGAUCAAGAUCGCAGGUUCAGUUUGUUGUUUUUAAAUCUGUGUUCUCGGCUUCAUCUGUUACGGUUUCACUGAGUUGGAUUGCAACCGUUUAUUGUUAGUAAAUUGAUGUUUGAUUUCAAGACGACGGGCGCUCAGGUUUGUUUAUUUGUCAAAACAAAAAUGUGUUAGCCUGGUGGUAUUUCUUAGGCUUCUGAGUUAUGGUUGAAAAAUGGAUGAAUCCAAACUGAGACCUAGGAGCCUUUAUAAAUGAAGGACAUAUUUGACACAACAAACAAAGGAACAAGCAUUCAGACUAGAUUUUCAUAAAGUAGCCUUGGUUUGGAUUUUGAUCGGUAAGAUAAAUCUGCAUAUACCUUUUUUUCUUUUUUCUAUAACUGAGGCUCCAGGAGUGCGAGAGCCAAAGAAAACACAAAGACGCACUACACGUGAUAAAGCUAGGGACAUUCCUUUUUUCUUGUCAUUCUUUCUUGCAGAACAGUGCCAAUAAAUAUGUUGUUUGAGACUUUUUGGAAAUCAUUUUGCAAACACAAUAGUCAGAAUGUACUGCAUGUGAUGCUUUCCUUUCUUUUCCACUUUGAGGAAUGUCUUGAAGGUUUGCUGUUAGCAUCCAAUGCUUCUGUGCUGUAGUCGAGCUAGGUGUCUAGAAAAAUAAUCCACUUUCUUUCCAUCUUCCCUUUUGAUUCCUGGAGUGCAUUUGACUUGUGCUGUCUGUAUUCCUGUGGUUGAACCAGUUGUCUUAAAGAUGCUUAAAAAUGACUGUAAAUAUAUUUCUACUCGUCAUAAAAUGAA